AAUGAACAAGCCUCUUGCAAACUCUGUCAACGAGUUAAUCAGUCGACGUCAUUGCGCGCACUUGUGUCAUUGCAUCUUCCAAAACUCGGCUUCUCAGUUCUCUCUUGAUAGAUUCAUAGUCUACCCUAGCAAACGUGACAACUCUUCACUGAUCCACCAGGGUUUUGCUUGGAGACUUUUCUUUUCUUUAAUUAAUUCACAAAAAGAAUUCACCUAGGGAUUCUUUCGGUUUGAAAACGGUUUCUCGUGUAAAACGCACUUUUUCCAGUUUAAACCUUACAUUUACCUAGGCAAAGUUUUCUCGUGUAACCACAGCUUACGUAUAUUAUGGUUCCUAAACACCUCUCUUCAUCAUAACCGCAAAAGGAAACAAUUGCAGCAGGUGCUUUUGCUUGUAUCAAGGUAUCCUGUUCCAUGCAGGCCUUCGGCUUUUUCUGGUUUUUUAUUUAUUACGUAAAACCAUAGUUAUUAGAGGAGACUAAUUAUGAAAGGCAACAAACAUCAAAUAUGUAAAAAAAAAUUGUGCUGUAAUUUAUGUUGGAAGCUCCCUGAAGGUGCACAAUCCUUUGUUUUCUGUUGGAAAAUUGCGACGGAAUAAAAUUGCGACGUUUUUAUUGGUCUAUAAGAUCGAAAUGAUAGGAAUGCCGAUUGAACUUUGUGCACCGUCAGGUCCACAAAGACAUAUGACAACGGCGUCUGACGGGCUUCAUCCAUCCAUUCCAAAUUACAAACUAUGGUAAAACAUGCGAAGGAAAAAAAAAACAACAACAACAACGCGUUUCCUUCAUUUGUUCUCUUUGUUGUAACGAUAUAUGCCGAAAGUCCCACAAAUCACCAGCCGUAGGGCAGAGAUGAUUUCCUGCGAAUCUUUUAAAUGAUAUGUUAGGCCGUCGGAUAAGGAAUAAAAUAACGCAUUCCGAUACCCUAGUUAUCUCUCGGGUAAAUAUUGUUCUUGACUUUUGCUAAUACAGGCUGCUGUACGCCCGAAUUGUACCUCGGGUUUGACAAAGCAACCACUGGUCAACAUGAACUAGGCGGACGCCGUGCCCAGUUCCCUUCUGCAGGCAAUGAGGAGAGCCCUUGUGGCAAGUUUGCAGACCUGAAUGCUGAAAACGUGCAAUUCAAUAGUGCAAAACUAGCAACCAAAACUGACGCAAUAACCAUUUCUCUUUGGAUUAAAAUACUCACCCAGACGGGUAUCCAGCCAGUUUUGGUUGUAGCAGGAGAAGACGGCGAACUUAGGCUGGAGAUUGCCCAGGGUCAUCUCUCUUGGAUGUACACUUCAAUAGGCCCACCAAUGGCCACAUUUGCUCUCCUAAGUGUAGUUCCAGUCGUGCCAGCCGGUUUGUGGACGCAUCUGGUCGUGCAAUACGACGCCUUCAGUGGGCGAUCUGUGGCUUUUGUCAAUAAAAAGGAGAUCCUGCAAGGUGUCUCAGGCGGAGGUUCUCUGAAAAUAAACUGGGGAGAGUUCACGACCAUUGGCCAAUCUUACAUCAACGAGGUGUUACGGCUUAAAAUGAACGGGAACAUAGAUGAGUUUUAUAUCUACUACUGCGCCGUUCCAGAGAUGGUUAUCCAAAGUCUUGCUGACUCGUGUAACGUGGACGGAAAAUGUGCAGCGAUUGGGCCAGGUAACAUUGUAGGCUUUGCUACUUUGUAGAGUAACUGUUUAUUUCUCAAUCUAUAGCCUUCAAACAUCCAGUCCUGUCGGAGUAAAAGGGUUGGGGGGAGGGGUACACAGUGUUAGAAAGUCUGCCCUGGAUGUCAAUGGGGUGCGGCACGCAUACAUUAUACUAGUUUUCUAACGUGAAGUCAAUUUUGGAUACCAAACCUGCUUUUCUGCCUUUAUUCGUUCCUAUAUUCCUUCCUUUUCCUUUUAUCAAUUUAUCGUUAUGCUAAAUUAAAUUCGUAAAAUUAUAUCCUUUUAAUUGCUCAUUCCCUAUUUUCGCCUUGUUCUGAGCACCACGAAUUUGGAUGAAAAAUAUUUCCAUGUUACAGGAGUGAAUGAUCCAUGUGACGCCCACGAUGCAUAUUACUGUAAGAAUGGAAAGUGCGUUGGGCAAGAAUGGCGCUGCGAUGGAGAAAACGACUGCAGGGACUGGAGCGACGAAACAGAAUGUGGUUAG